AUGGCUGCCGGUGAGAGCAUGAUGGAGCACAUAAGCAACAGAGCCAAGCAGCAAGGUGCCUUGCAGGACUUGCCCAUCGUACUGCGGGAUUUGCAGCGGGGCUUGGAAUAUCAGCUCCACGGUCCUGCCAGCAGUGGCUUGCUCAUCGAUGGCUUCUGGAAGUAUGUGGGCAUCGGUUUGGCCCAGCGGAGCCUGCAGGAGAUGCUGGGCUUCAAGGAAGCGGCCUCGCCCUCCUUGCUCUUAGAGGUCCGCACUUGCUUCGUCUCUGAGAAGGUGGCCAAAAGCUGUGGCCAAUUCGCGGAGUUCUCUCACCUCUUGCAUGACGCCAUUGUUGGCACGCAGGAGUUCGCGAACUUCGUGUCCUGGCUUGACAUCCCGAACCGCACAUGGACCAUCGACCGAGUCUACUUGAACGGGGUACUGCCGGCGGGAAAGCGCUAUGGCGCUAGGGCCAUCGCGGAACACCUGCUGGAGCCACCCUUGCUCUUCUUUCAGAGCCAGUCGUCGGCACAGAUCGGCAGCUUCUUGGAUUCCAUGCCGGAUCUGGAGAAGUUAGUGGUCAGCGACAUCGUAAAUUGCAAUACCUAUCUGCUGAUGGCUGUUGUGGGCACUUCAGAGGCGGAGACCAACAAAAAGGUGGGAGACGUUUUGGGCUUUGCUCUUGACACGGAGUUGAAUGCUGCUGGCUUGAGCAGAAAGAUGCUCUUUCACGGGUCGGUCUUGGAGGUCUUUCAAAGUACAGUCCUGGGAAAGAUGGCAUCAGGGGCGUUGGCGAUUUGGAAUGAGAAGCUGAACAGAGCCAUCAAAAUGAAGUCCGCAGAGGUGGUUUACGGUGCCGGGGAUGAGGAGAUCUUUGGCCAGCGCAGGCCACGAAUGGCCGUGAUAGUGCAGCUGAUGGAAGAGCAUUCUGAGAUGCGGGCAAAGAGGAGACUGGGCACUGACAAAGUUGCAGUGCCGAAGGCCACCGAGUUUGAUCUGGAGAAUCCCACGUCGCCACUAGAGGGCAUGGGAGCCUGCUUGGAAGGAGUUUGGGGCAGGAGGCAUUCCAGAGUUCAACUUCCUGCUGGUACGAACGGUCCACACUAUUUUGCAGGUUUGUCGACUGCCAUGACUUGUCUACUGCACGAGAUGCAGGUUGAGCGAGGCCUUUCGUGCCGUGCCACAGCUGCCACUGGCAAAGCCAUGACCGCCGUGGACAGGUUGAAGAGCCAACGAGGCAGCACUGACAGGGUCUUGGCACAGCUUUCAGACCUGGUGCAACUGGCUUUUGGCCUCAUGGAGAAAGGCGUUCUCAAAAGCAGGCACAAGGAGGUUUUGGCGUGGCAUCAAGAGAUCUCCGUGGGCAUCGUCUUGCAAAGAGGCUUAGUGAACGACGCCAUCAAGCACACGAUCUCCACAUGGAUGGGCCGCUAUGCGACUGUUUGUGCCACACCCGACACCGGCUAUCACGUACUAAUUGACAAGCUGUUGAAGAGCAUUUUGAAGGUGAUAGGCUUGGCUUCGGAGGGGCUGGACCUGUCACCUCAGCCUGACCCGUUUGGAAAGGUGGAACGCCUCGAGCGCUGUAGCUUGCUAUUGCGGUUCAAAGAGCACAUCGGGCGGGAGAGGGGCCUGCUGGCAGCCAAAGGAGAAUCCAGAUGGACCGAGGAGGUCGAGGAUCGGGCAAAGCGCAUCUUCGCGGAGACGACUGACGGCACUGACGAGUUGUUGCAGUCGAUUUUGGACGACAAGCUGCUAGGCCAUGCAACCGAGAGCAAGGCUCUUGUAGAUGCCUUGACAGAAAUGCACGGUUUUUACAAGAAGGAAGUGGAGCAAGCAGAUUUCCGCAUCCCGGCAGAAAAGGCUGUCCAAUGGUUUGAGAUCUUCACGCAUUGGAUCCAGUUUGCCUAUGACCAUCUCCAAACCGAGCUUGAAGCCCUGGUUGAAGAUUUGCCAGAAGACAACAUCGCCCAGCCAAGGGUUGACGUUGAUUUGCGGGUGACGCCGGAGGAGGAUGCAGGUGGCCUUUAUGACCAGCUGCGCCAGAGCACCAACAUCAGCUCCCCAGAGACAAUCUUCACCAGGGAAUUCCUGCAGUCUGACCCUCAGGUCUUCUUCGAAGCGAUGCAGAAAAUUCGUGCUGACGACGUGUCUCCAACAGUCACUCAUCAAUUUAUCAAGCGGCUGCAGGAGAAGAAUCUGCUGCAGAGAUGCUACACCCAGAACAUUGACUGCCUCGAGCGGAAGGUUGGCAUUGAACCGCAUCUCUUGGUAGAAUGCCAUGGAACCACGGCAAAUGCAAAGUGUGACGACUGCAGAAAGGUGUGCAGCAAAGAGGUCUACUUCAGGAAUGAGACGCCGCCAAAGUGCAGCUGCGGUGGAUCCAUUCGCCCAGAUAUCGUCCUCUUCGGCGAGACGUUGCCAGACAGCUUUCAGAAGCUCUCGAAGGACGACUUUCAAGCUGCAGCUCGGGAGAAGUGUUGCCUGCUGAUUGUGAUGGGCACCUCCUUGAAGGUGCAGCCCUUCGCGUCGCUGCCGAAGCUUCUGAAACCCAGCUGCGCGGUGCUGGUGAUCAACCGGGAGUUCCCACAGAGCCUGCAGCUCCACCGCCAGGUGCGCGCCCUGCGCAGUCGGCUCAGCGGCACGAAGCUGCGGAGGCACGUCUUCCUGGCCGGGGACUGCGACACCAGCAGCUGA